AUGACAAAUUUUUUCAAUAGAUCACCAAAACAUCAAUCACAUCAUUAUCAACCACAUCAACAGGAUGUUACUGACAUUUCUUAUUCUAUGGAAAAUGUUUCUAUUUCAAGUAAUGCAAUGAUGGAUAUCGAUACUAGUUAUCGUUCAUCUAAGCCUACUUAUAACAAUCCUCAACAACAACAACAACAACAACAACAACAACAAGCACAAAACAAUUUGUUUAAUAAGGAAAACAUUACUCCUUUGAAUUCACCAACAAAAUCAAUAUUACAUAAUUCUCCACAACAAGCCAAAUCAUCUACUUCACCUCAACAUUUAUAUAAUAAAUUGGUAAAUGCCAAUUAUAAUGGUAAUUCUCCACAACCUGGGAUCCAACAACAACAAAACAAUCGAGCAUUACAAAACAAUAUUAAUCAAUUACAACCACCAUUAAAUAAAAGAUAUAAAUUAACUGAAGCAGAAUUUUAUGCCAAAGCCAAUAGUGCCAGAACUAAAAGAUUAACAUCGAUUGCUCAAUUAUAUUUUUUAGAUUAUUAUUGUGAUAUGUUUGAUUAUGUUAUUAAUCGUCGAGAACGAACUGCUAUAGUUGAAAAAAAUUUAUUAACUGAUCCAAUGUAUAAAAAUGAUAUUACUAAACAACAAUUUGAAUGGAAAAAUUAUAUUGGUAGAGAACGAGCAUUAUUACGUAAACGAAGAUUGAAACCCAAACAUAAAGAUUUUGAAAUGAUUACUCAAAUUGGUCAAGGUGGUUAUGGUCAAGUAUUUUUAUCAAGGAAAAGAGAUACUAGAGAAAUAUGUGCUCUUAAAAUUUUAAAUAAAAAAUUAUUAAUUAAAUUAGAUGAAACAAGACAUGUUUUAACUGAAAGAGAUAUUUUAACUAAUACAAGAAGUGAUUGGUUAGUUAAAUUAUUAUAUGCUUUCCAAGAUCAAGAAAAAGUAUUUCUUGCCAUGGAAUUUGUUCCUGGUGGUGAUUUUAGAACUUUAUUAAAUAAUACUGGUUAUUUAAUUCCUCCUCAUGCUAGAUUUUAUAUUAGUGAAAUGUUUGCUGCGGUUAAUUCAUUACAUGAAUUGGGUUUUACUCAUCGUGAUUUAAAACCAGAAAAUUUUUUAAUUGAUUCUAAAGGUCAUAUUAAAUUAACUGAUUUUGGAUUAGCUGCUGGAACUGUUUGUAAUGAUAGAAUUGAAUCAAUGAAAAUUAAAUUACAAAAUUUACAAAAUUUAAAUGAUUUUAAUGAUGAUUCUAAUAAUGAUAAUCACCAUUAUCAAGUACCUUCAAGUUUAAUUUAUGAACGUCAAAAAAUUUUUAAACAAAGUCAACAACAACAACAACAACAAAAUUCUAAUAAUACUACUGCCAAUUCAAUUGUUGGAUCUCCUGAUUAUAUGGCAUUAGAAGUUUUAGAAGGGAAAAAUUAUAAUUAUACCAUUGAUUAUUGGUCAUUAGGUUGUAUGUUAUUUGAAGCUUUAUGUGGAUAUCCGCCAUUUUCUGGUUCAAAACAAGAUGAAACUUAUUAUAAUUUAAAACAUUGGAAAACUGCUUUAAGAAGACCUCAAACUAAAGAUGGUCGAUAUGUUUUCAGUGAUCGAACUUGGAAUUUAAUUAUUAAAUUAAUCGCAUCACCAAAUAAUCGAUUACAAAAUUUUAAACAAGUUCAACAACAAAGUUAUUUUAGUGAUAUUAAAGAUUGGGGGAAUUUAAGACAGAAAACCCCUCCAUUUACUCCCCAAUUGGAUAAUGAAGAAGAUGCCGGUUAUUUCGAUGAUUUUGAAGAUGAUGAAAUGAUGAUGAAAUAUAAAGAUGUAUUUGCUCGACAAGAACAAAAUGAACAAUUACUAGAAAAGUCAAACACCACCACUACUACUACUACUACUACUACAACUAAGAAUGGUAAACGAUUUAGUCCUGGGUCGAAAUUUAAUGAUAAUUUUAUUGGAUUUACAUUUAAACAUAAAUCAAAUCCAAAUAAUAAAUUUACUAAUGGUAGUGGUAAUACUGGUCGUUAUGGUAAUGGCAAUGGCAAUAAUAAUAACAAUGGUGAAAUAAACUUAUUGAAUAUGGUCGAAAAUGGAAAUGGAAUUGGAAAUGGAAAUUCUCGAUCAAGUAGAUUAAAUCCAUUAGCUACAUUGUAUUAG